UCUAAACGCCACACGACUCAACAUCACCAAACGAUACUAGGAUGUUUCUCGCAGUGACGCAGAUGUCGUCCUCCGUCUUGUUACAACCAGCAUUCUUACUGCCUAAGAGAACGGCACCCAGGGAGCAGCGAUUCGGGAUGGGUGAAGACAUAGAUAAAAUAGUGAUCUUGAGUGAUGAGGCGGGAGACGGGGACAAUUGUGCAUAUAUUGGGAUAUCGCAGCACGGAAUGGCCAAGCGGAGUCUCAUCUUGUCUCUUCUGAUAGCUUGUCUGGGUAGGACUUGCGCUUCACAGGGUUUAAUUCGUCACCCACUCACCACACGUAGUCAGUUCUCGACUCACUCCAAUGAUUUCGAUCACUGCGAGCCGUCAUAGGACUUCGGCGCAACACAGCCCAAAAUCGACAAGGCGAGGAAGGAGUUAAUCUCAAUAGGCAUACUUUCAUUCUUCAUAUGUGACAGAGUGGUCGAGCUUGGUCCGAAUGUUCGAUAUUGGAAUGAGACCAAUG